AUGGAAAACUUACGGUUCUGGCUCUGGGCCGAUGAGUAUCAGAAAGAAUUGCGAGCCCUGAUACCGGCUCCUCCAUCUCAACUUUUGGAAAAGGCUAGCGAAUCGACCAGCGCUCUCCUGAAACUACUUGAUCGAGCACGAGUAAUAAAGCGUGAGAGAGAAGACGUCGUCAAGGAAAUUCAAGCCAAAAUAGCAUCUCCCAUUACCGAUGAUGUGAAAGCAGAAAUGAAUGAUUUUCUGGGCAUCGACGACGACGACUACAUCACAGAGCACGUAGAAAAGAACUGCCAACCUGUACAAGAGUUGGUUACUGGAAGUAUUAAGAAGCAAGAAUAUUUGUUACGUGAUAUCGAAAAUUGGAGUGCUCGUUUUUCUAUCGGAAAUAAUUCGGAAAGUACAUCUCAACGAGGGCAAGUGCUCCGCUCCUUGCAACUCGGUUAUGACGCCUUCAGAGAGAUUCACAGAAAGCUCGACGAGAAAAUGAAGGUCUACAGUAAUCAAACUGCAACACUUCGACGUCUUCAAGUGAAAGUGAACGACUUCGCCUUUGCACGCCUAACAGAAAAAGAAGAACUGCUUCGAGGACGUCAAAUUUUCGACUCAUCCCGAAGAGGACCAGAACCUCCACUACUCACAUCAACGUCAUCGGCGCAAUCUCAAACAUUGAACUCGGUAACUGCCCCUCUCUAUCCCACUCCGACAUUCGUACAAGGUGCUGCUUACACAAAUGUCAUGACCCCCACGCCUCCGCCAUCUGCGCAAUCGCAGUUCCCCUAUCCACAAUAUCCUUAUUACGGAGCAGCGCAAGCGAAUGUACAGCCAUCGUACAACUACAGUAUGCCGUCAACAGCAACUACCCAAAAUCCUCAACUUCCCCCUGGAAAUCGUCUUUCAUACCCUUCCACUUCAUGGCACCCUUACUAG